GUUUUCCUCUCCUGUUAAACCCCGUGCUCUGAUUCCAAAACAAAAAUUGACUGGACAAAAAAAAAAAUUCGAUAUUUCUGUAAUAAAUUAUGGAUUUUUCCUAAUUGUGGUUCUGUUUCUAUCUCCUUCUCUUUUGCUUCCAAAAGUCUUUCUUAUGUUGCAAUCAAGAAACCAACUCAUCUUCCAUAUCCUCAUCUGUCAUUUCCUGCCAAACCAUUAACAACCACCUUCACAUUUCACAUUUUAGCUUUGGCUUCAAUCAAUUUACGUCUCUUUCUUUGACUUCCAUUUCUUUCUCCAAUUCAAAAGAAGAAGAAGAAGAAGAAGAAGUAGAAGCUCUUGUGGCUCUGUUUCAGGAUUAUUGCUGUCAUUUUGAGUUCAGAAAAUUUCUCGAGGGCUGAUUUAUUUGAGAUGAAAGACGAUUUUCCAUUGGGUGGUAUUGAUACAGCAUGUGGUUCCCCAAGGCAUCUCAAAAAGCCAAACCAAGCUGCCAAAAAGCCAACUGAAUCCCAGAAAACAGAACUACACAGCAAGAAGAUGACGUCUGCAAAUCCUGAUCCUCAAGCUACCUCAUCUACAGUAACCACGGGAAUCACAAGGGGUUUACCUUCACCUUCAAGAACCAACAAUCAUGGCUAUAGCAGUGGCAAUAGCUCACGUAGUGACAGUUUAGAAAGCACAAGUGGUGCACCCAUUAAGCCACAUACUGGUGGUGAUGUAAGGUGGGAUGCCAUUAACAUGGUUUCCAGAGGAGCCCCUCUUGAUCUUAGCCAUUUUCGGCUUCUCAAGCGAAUUGGGUAUGGGGAUAUUGGGAGUGUGUAUCUUGUAGAACUCAGAAAAACUAAGACUUAUUUUGCCAUGAAAGUGAUGAACAAGGCAGCUCUUAUAAGUAGGAAUAAACUUCUAAGAGCACAGACAGAGAGGGAGAUUCUUCAACUUCUUGAUCACCCUUUCUUACCCACUCUGUAUUCUUACUUUGAAACUGAUAAGUUCUAUUGUUUGGUCAUGGAGUUCUGCAGUGGAGGUAACCUUCACUCUCUUAGACAGAAGCAGCCAAACCAGCAUUUCACAGAAGAAGCAGCACGGUUCUAUGCUUCAGAGAUAUUGUUAGCUCUUGAAUACCUGCAUAUGCUAGGCAUAGUGUAUAGAGACUUAAAGCCAGAGAAUGUCUUGGUCAGAGAUGAGGGCCAUAUAAUGCUCUCAGAUUUUGAUCUAUCCCUUCGCUGCUCGGUCAAUCCUAUGCUCAUCAAGUCUUCAUCUGCCCAUGUAAGCAGCAGCAGCAGUGGCAACAGUGGUUCUAGUUCUGGGGUUGUUUUGGAUGACCAGCAAGCAGUGCAGAGUUGUAUGCAGCCAUCAACUUUCUUCCCACGCAUUUUACCAUCAAAGAAAAACCGAAAAUCAAAGUCUGAUUUCGGCCUCAUAAAUGGAGGUACCGCCCUCCCUGAAUUCAUGGCAGAGCCUUCAGAUGUGAGGUCAAUGUCCUUUGUAGGGACACAUGAAUAUCUUGCACCUGAAAUCAUCCGGGGAGAAGGUCAUGGCAGUGCAGUAGAUUGGUGGACUUUUGGGAUCUUCUUGUAUGAGCUUCUACACGGGACAACACCCUUCAAAGGUGCUGGAAAUAGGGCCACGCUUUUCAAUGUUGUAGGACAGCCCUUAAGGUUCCCAGAAACUUCCCAGGUGAGUUCUGCAGCAAAAGACCUUAUCAAAGGAUUGCUAGUGAAGGAACCUCCAAAGCGCAUUGCAUAUAUAAGGGGUGCAACAGAAGUAAAACAGCACCCAUUUUUUGAGGGAGUAAACUGGGCUCUAGUAAGAAGUGCCCUGCCUCCUCAUAUACCAGAUCCUGUAGAUUUUACCAAGUAUGCUGGCAACGAAUCAGCAGAAGCAGCGGACAAGGUGAUAGGUAUUGCAAAAGACAAACAUGGCCCAAAUGGCUCUGCUAAUUCUUAUAUGGAUUUUGAGUAUUUCUAACAGAAAGUCCUAACUGCACUAUACAAAACUGUCAUCCCCUUUUCUCCCUAAAGAAAAUAACGGAGGAGAACUUGAGCAAUGAUAACAUGCAUACAGAUAUGUAAAUUUCAUCCAAAGUUAUCGUUUAUACUUUUGGGUUUCUUUUAGUUUUAGGUCUUCAAUAUGUUUUGAAAAUGAAGGAUUGAAUUUUUGGAUGAGUAUCAUCACCAGAGAGAUUGUAACAUAUGACAUGAGUUCUUGUGACAGAGACCGAAAUGAUAUGGGAAGCUUAAUCUUACUAUGAAUGGUAUGAAACAAUGAAGUGUUCU